UCACCAACGCGCAGUCAUGGUGUAUUUUGUGUAUGUGCGAUACGAGUUCGAUAAGGUGAAGAAGGUGACGACCUCUAACCACGUCAAAGACUUUAUGCCGGAGAGUUGUAGUGAUUUUGAGGUUGGACGCUUAUACAGCGUUUACUGGGAGGGGGACAGCCGUACAGCGGGCGCGUACUACGACGCCGAGAUCCUGCACAUGACAGGUAUGCGGGCUGAGCAAACGGCCUCAUGCAGUUGUGGCAAGGGAAAGGAAAAGUCGCAACCAGCGACAAGGUCAGAGGCCACAUGGUCGCCAAUGCAUGGUGACCAUACAGAUGCCCUUCAUUCUGGGCAAGUCCCUCAGGGCAGGCCGCCAGUUUCACAGCAGUUAUUUACAGGGCUGGAUUCUGCAGCGUUUCCUGGCCAACUGCGUGCAGAGGCAGCACCUGCAGAAACUCAGCCGCCCCAGGAUUCAAGGCCACAUCCACCACUUGCAGGUAUAUUGUAGCUUCAGAAGCAGAAAAAUUUGUCGGUUCUUGUUAGCAGAAUGAUUUUUUUCUUGACGUAACGCUAUGUGAACAAGCAUUA